UAUUUUUUUGAUCCACCAUAACACUUGUUGACAAAACGUGUUGGAUGAUUGGCACUGGACGCUUGUCUUUAAAGAUUCGUCUCGCGACCACCUUCUCAUAAUAAAGAGUUCCACAAACCACAGGCAGGCCCUGUGUGAACUUGACAAGAGUGAUUAGAAGAUCUGAAUCCUCAUAUCCUGGUGAUUUAAAAUCUGACAACAUGGGACCAGGAGAAGAAGCAACAGGAGAACAAAGGGCAACUCUACAAUACACACUGCAAGCAACAUGGAAACCAAAACCACUAACAGUAACAAUAGCAGUGACAGUAGCAGUAGCAGUAAUAGUAGCAAUGUCAGGAAUAACAAUAGCUGACACAGUAAUAGGAGCAGCAGCAGGAGCUGCAGCUGGAGUAAGCAUUUUACAAUCAUUAUGGGAAGCAGAAACAAAAACAGGAGAAGUAUUAGUAACAGCAGUAGCAGGAGGCCUAGCAGGAAUAGCAGCAGCAAUAUUGCGAUCACUGGUAGGAGCACAAUCACUGACAGCAUCAGCAGUAACUGGAGCAAUGGCUGGAGCUGCAAUAGUACCAAUAGCAAGAACACAAUUACAUUGGGUGGUAAAUAAAAUACAGGUGGUAAUAGAUAAGUUACAGUGGGUUUUAGCCUUGAUAAAAAGAGUAAAAGCAGCAGUAGAAUGGUGUUUAAAGGCGUUACCCACUGCAACACUAAUUGUAGGAUCAGGAUCUGCAGCAAUAGCAGCAGCAGCAUCACAAACAGGACUAGAAGCAUCACAACCAGAAUCAGUAGCACCACAAGCAGAAUUGUUAGUAUCAGGAGGAGCAUCACAAUCAGAAUCAGUAGCACCACAAGCAGAAUCAUCAGUAUCACAGGCAGAAUCAGUAACAUCAGGAGGAGUAUCACAGGCAGAAUCAACAGCAUCACAAGCAGAAUCAGUAACAUCAGGAGGAGUAUCGCAGGCAGAAUCAGCAGCAUCACAAGCAGAAUUGGCAGUAUCAGGAGAAGCAUCACAAUCAGAAUCAGUAGCACCACAAGCAGAAUCAUCAGUAUCACAGGUAGAAUCAGUAACAUCACGAGGAGUAUCGCAGGCAGAAUCAGCAGCAACACAAGCAGAAUUGGCAGUAUCAGGAAAAGCAUCACAAUCAGAAUCAGUAGCACCACAAGCAGAAUCAUCAGUAUCACAGGCAGAAUCAGUAACAUCAGGAGGAGUAUCACAGGCAAAAUCAACAGCAUCACAAGCAGAAUCAGUAACAUCAGGAGGAGUAUCGCAGGCAGAAUCAGCAGCAUCACAAGCAGAAUCAGUAACAUCAGGAGGAGUAUCGCAGGCAGAAUCAGCAGCAUCACAAGCAGAAUCAGUAGCAUCAGGAGGAGUAUCACAAGCAGAAUCAGCAGCAUCACAAGCAGAAUCCGUAACAUCAGGAGGAGUAUCGCAGGCAGACUCAGCAGCAUCACAAGCAGAAUCAGUAACAUCAGGAGGAGUAUUGCAGGCAGAAUCAGCAGCAACACAAGCAGGAUUGGCAGUAUCAGAAGGAGCAUCACAAUCAGAAUCAGUAGCACCACAAGCAGAAUCAUCAGUAUCACAGGCAGAAUCAAUAACAUCACGAGGAGUAUCGCAGGCAGAAUCAGCAGCAACACAAGCAGAAUUGGCAGUAUCAGGAAAAGCAUCACAAUCAGAAUCAGUAGCACCACAAGCAGAAUCAUCAGUAUCACAGGCAGAAUCAGUAACAUCAGGAGGGGUAUCACAGGCAGAAUCAACAGCAUCACAAGCAGAAUCAGUAACAUCAGGAGGAGUAUCGCAGGCAGAAUCAGCAGCAUCACAAGCAGAAUCAGUAACAUCAGGAGGAGUAUCGCAGGCAGAAUCAGCAGCAUCACAAGCAGAAUCAGUAACAUCAGGAGGAGUAUCGCAGGCAGAAUCAGCAGCAACACAAGCAGAAUUGGCAGUAUCAGGAGGAGCAUCACAAUCAGAAUCAGUAGCACCACAAGCAGAAUCAUCAGUAUCACAGGCAGAAUCAGUAACAUCAGGAGGAGUAUCACAGGCAGAAUCAACAGCAUCACAAGCAGAAUCAGUAACAUCAGGAGGAGUAUCGCAGGCAGAAUCAGCAGCAUCACAAGCAGAAUUGGCAGUAUCAGGAGGAGCAUCACAAUCAGAAUCAGUAGCACCACAAGCAGAAUCAUCAGUAUCACAGGUAGAAUCAGUAACAUCACGAGGAGUAUCGCAGGCAGAAUCAACAGCAUCACAAGCAGAAUCAGUAACAUCAGGAGGAGUAUCGCAGGCAGAAUCAGCAGCAUCACAAGCAGAAUCAGUAACAUCAGGAGGAGUAUCGCAGGCAGAAUCAGCAGCAACACAAGCAGAAUUGGCAGUAUCAGGAGGAGCAUCACAAUCAGAAUCAGUAGCACCACAAGCAGAAUCAUCAGUAUCACAGGCAGAAUCAGUAACAUCAGGAGGAGUAUCACAGGGCAGAAUCAACAGCAUCACAAGCAGAAUCAGCAGAAUCAGCCGCAUCAGUAGCAGAAUUGGCAGCAUCAGGAGGAGCAUCACAAUCAGAAUCAGUAGCACCACAAGCAGAAUCAUCAGCAUUACAGGCAGAAUCAGCAACAUCAAAAGGAGCAUCACGGCCAAAAUCAGCAGCAUCACAAGCAAAAUCAGCAGCAUCAGGAGGAGCAUCAAAAGCAGAAUCAGCAGCAUCACAAGGAGCAUCACAGCCAGAAUUAGCAGCAUCACAAGCAAAAUCAGCAGCAUCGGGAGGAGCAUCACAAGCAGAAUCAGCCGCAUUAGGACGAGCAUCAUUGGCAGUAUCAGCAGCAACAAGAGGAGCAUCACAUGCAGUUUUAGAAGCAUCACGAGGACCAUCACUGGCAGUAUCAGGAGGAGCAUCACUGGGAGUUUCAGCAGCAGCGGGAGGAGCAUCACUGGGAGUUUCAGCAGCAGCGGGAGGAGCAUCACUGGGAGUUUCAGCAGCAGCGGGAGGAGCAUCACUGAGAGUUUCAGCAGCAGCAGGAAGAGCAUCACAGGCAGUUUCAGCAGCAGCAGGAGGAGCAUCACUGGGAAUAUCAGCAGCAUCAGCAGGAGCAACUGGAUUAAGCCAAGGAUUACUGGGAGGAUUAGGACUUUUGGCAGGGGCAAAAUGUGCCAUUUUUGGAUCGCAUAG